CGCGUUAGGCUUCCCGAGAAGGAGGGCGGGACACCUAUUAACACAGAGAACCGCUCAUGGACACCGUUCCACAGGUGUAGAGGGCCUAUUUACCGAGGAGCGGCAACUGAGAGCUGGUCCAGAUCUCGUGAUGGUUUGUCGCACCGUAAACCUGAGGGAAAUGGCUAGGACACCGACUACACACUGGCACCGGAUACAAAUUUGGCGAAUCUGACAAUCCAAGGUUUCUCAGAGGAGGCGAUAUGAAAACGCGACCCGCGGGAAUCGGUAACGCCAAUGCCGACUGGAUGGGCUCGCUUAACCCCGCUCUCACGGCGAUGCCCCUCAAGCACCUCGCGGUGCCCGGGUCACAUGACUCCUUCAGUUUCUGGGUGGAUGAGCAUGCUCCGGUGGGACCAGACCAGAUGGCCAUCGUCCAGUACCUGGCCACUGUCUUCCGCCUCAUGGCCAAGAAGGUCAUGAAGAAGUGGUCCAUGACUCAGAACCUGACCUUCAGAGAGCAGCUGGACGCAGGGAUCCGCUACUUCGACCUGCGAGUCUCCUCUAAGCCUGGAGAGACCGGAACUGAGAUCUACUUCAUCCACGGCCUGUUCGGCCACAAGGUGCGAGACAGCCUGCUGGAGAUGAACUCGUUCCUGUCGGCCCACAAUAAGGAGGUUGUGUUCCUGGACUUCAACCACCACUACGCCAUGGGACCGGAGCACCACUCUUACCUCAUCAGCAUGUUGCAGGAGGUGUUCGGCUCCAAGCUCUGCGGCACCACCCCCGUGGACCACAUCACUCUCGACUUCCUGUGGGCCAGGAAGUACCAGGUCCUGGUGUUCUACCAUCACUCCGCCAUGCAGGGCUGUCCUCUCCUGUGGCCAGGGAGCAGGAUCCCUGCUCCCUGGGCCAACACCACCGAUGCCCGCAAGCUCACCCAGUUCCUGGACAGCACCCUGGAGGAGAGGAGCCAACACGGCUUCCACGUGUCCCAGGCCAUCCUCACACCCCGGACCCAGACAGUGCUGCGGGGCCUGGCCAGGGGCCUAAGAAACCACCUGGUGGAAAGGAACCUCCCCAGCAUCAUGUUGUGGGUGGAGGCCCAGAGGCCAGGUGUGGGUGGAGUCAACAUCAUCACUUCAGACUUUGUGGAGCUGCUGGACUUCUCCAACAGGGUCAUCACUCUGAACAGGCUGCUACUGGCUGAGCAGGCCCGCAACCCCUGCUGACCCCUGAACUCUAACCCUUCUGACCCCUAACCCGCCUGACCUCUGUCACACCUGACCCCUGUCCUGUAACUCUCCUGACCUCUAACACACCUGACCUCUACCCUUUGAUUCUGACCAUGAACCUGCAAGAAGUUUGGUGCAAAGGCUUUGGAUAAAAGUGUUAAAGGAGCAGAGAUCAGAUCUGUCUCCUCUCCAGAUUCCUCACCUCCAUCCAACAUGGCAGCUGCACUAUGGAUCACAUGACCCAGGGACUCUGAUCAUGUGACAGACUAGCUCAUGUCAACAUGCACACUUCACUGGUGUCACUUCUUCAUUGGUACGUUUUAAUGCAGUGAUGCUAUAAAAAUAUGAGCUGUAUAAGAAAUUACAGAAGGUGUCAUCUUUAUUUGUUAUAACUUGUAAAGAGCAUACAAAUAAUAGUCUUAGAGAUUUGUGUGGGUCUGUGUGUGUUUGUGUGUUUGUGUCUGUGUGUUUAUGUGUGCAUGUGUGUGCGAGCGUGUAUGUGUGUGUUGCAUGUGUGUGUGUAUGUGGCUUGUGCUGGCUGGAUUGUGGUUGUCUACUGUACAUUCCUGUGAUCCUUGUUGGAAACAAGAGGAAAAGAAUUAGUGAAGGAAGAGAGAGAGACGGAGGAGAGAGAGGAGGAGAGAGAGAG